GGGGAUUUACGCUUUACUUUUUACUUUAAUAGAUCCUGGUUUUGGAUUUAGUGUUGCUUGUUUUCCACAAUUGAAUUCAUGUGGAAUGUCUUUUGCAAUCUGUAUUUGCCUUUUCUCAACUGGAGGGGCUUGGAAGCACCUGCAACUGUACAUAGGCCUACAUGUAAUGUUCUGUAUGUAACUUUAAAGUUAGCCACCAGAGGACCAAUAGCUUCCAGUCUGCCCUGAGGGACUUUUUAUCUUGAAGAAGCCUUCGGUGUCUUUCAUCACAAUUAGUCUGAGCUAAAUGUAUAUAUAUCUACAUGUAGUUCUUAUCUGGACAGUUAGCAAAUGGCUGAUAUAUUAUAGACUGACCUAAUAUUUGACAAACAAUUGUGACGUCUUGGAGACAUUCGCCAGAUUAUGGCAGAACCUGCCCCUAUAGUCAACGGAGUGGACAACCCGCAUCCCUUACCCAUCAAUGGUGCUGAUGAUGGCGCAGGCAGCAGCGGAGACGUGACCCCAAACAGUGAGGACAGUGGUGUGGACUGCAUGCAUGUUGAUGCAUUAGAACUCAAGGAGGCGGUUGCUAAUGGCAACAGCAGGAGAGAUGCUGUAGAAGAGGAAGGGAAGGAGGAAGGAACAGAGGAAGAGAAGAAGGAUGCAAAGGUUGAAGAUGUGAUUGUGAUCCAGGAUGCAGCGUUCAUGGUGAAGCUUGUGCCUCCGUCUGGUGAACCGUUUGAUCUUCAGGUGAGUCCACAAGAGAUGGUCCAGGAGAUUCACCAAGUAUUGAUGGACCGUGAAGAUACCUGCCAUCGGACUUGCUUUUCCCUUCAGCUUGAUGGCAAUGUCCUGGACAACUUUGCUGAACUCAAGAACAUUGAAGGACUCAAAGAUGGCUCCAUUAUCAAAGUUGUUGAAGAGCCCUACACAGUACGUGAAGCCCGGAUACAUGUCCGUCAUGUUAGAGAUCUGCUCAAGUCUCUGGAUCCUUCAGAUGCUUACAAUGGUGUGGACUGCCAAUCUCUCUCGUUCUUAUCCACAGUCCUCAGUGAAGUCGACCGGAAGCGCGGCAAAUCCUCGGCGGCAUCAGACGUGGUGGACUGCACACCUCCAGAGUUCAUCAUGCCGUCAUCCAAAGAGCGCCCCCUGUUGCCGAUGCAGCCAGCAUUUAAGGAGAACAACCGGUCUUUGAGUUGCCUCAAGGUGUUGACUCUCUCGGGAUGGAAUCCUCCCCCUGGGACGAGAAGGAUGCAUGGUGAUCUGAUGUACCUGUAUGUUGUGUGCUCAGAAGGAACCUCAUACCAUCUCACAGCAUCAACACGAGGCUUCUAUAUCAAUCAAUCGACCCAGGAAGUUUUCAACCCCAAACCAGCUGACCAGAAGCACCUAUCUCAUUCCCUAAUUGAACUACUCAACAAAGUCAGUCCAAGCUUCAAGAAGAACUUUGCUCAACUCCUCAAGAAAAGAUCUCAACGGCACCCAUUUGAGAGGGUACCCACCCCAUUCCAGGUCUACUCUUGGUUAGCCCCUCAGAUGGAACACACUGUAGACUCCAUAAGGGCAGAAGAUGCUUAUACAUCAAGACUCGGCUACGAAGAGCACAUCCCCGGCCAGACCAGGGACUGGAACGAAGAGAUCCAGACCACGCGGGAACUAGCCCGUAAGAACCUUCCAGAGCGGCUUCUUAGAGAGAGGGCGAUCUUCAAGGUCCAUAGUGACUUUGUAGCGGCCGCAACAAGAGGAGCCAUGGCAGUCAUUGAUGGCAAUGUCAUGGCUAUUAACCCUGGUGAAGAUUCUAAAAUGCAGAUGUUCAUCUGGAACAAUAUCUUCUUCAGUCUCGGUUUUGAUGUCAGGGAUCAUUACAAAGAUUUUGGAGGGGAUCAUGCUGCAUACGUAGCUCCUGGCAAUGAUCUGAAAGGUGUGAAAGCCUACAACACAUAUGACCUGGAUGGUUUGUACACACUAGGCACUGUGGUUGUUGAUUACCGUGGUUACCGCAUCACGGCUCAGUCUAUCAUUCCUGGUAUUCUAGAGAGGGAGCAGGAAGAAUCCGUCAUCUACGGCUCCAUCGAUUUCGGCAAAACGGUGGUCACCAACGAUAAAUACAAAGAGCUUCUGACCAAGACAUCCCAACAUCUGAAGAUCUUACCUCACUAUGUUAUGAACCAGAAAGAUGAAGAGAUUGAGAUCUACUCAUCAAUAGAAUGCAAGGGUAUCAAGGGUAAUGAUGGUCGUCACUAUGUACUAGAUCUUCUUAGAACCUUCCCUCCUGAUGUCAACUUCCUGCAGAUGGAGGCUGAAGACUUUGCAGAGGACAUGAAGAAAUCAGGAUUUCCAAGGCAACACAGACAUAAGUUAGCCUGUCUGAGACAAGAAGUAGUGGAUGCUUUUGUAGAACACAGGUACAUGGUCUUCAUCAGACAUGCGGCACUCAUGCUCAUGCACAACCAGCAGCCACAAGAGGGCGCUAAACUUACUGAAAAUGGACAGUCCGAGGGUGAAAACCCUCAACCGAAGGAAGAGAAAGAAACAAGCUCAGACCUCAAAGAGAACAGUGAAUCAAAAGACAAAAUGGUGAAUGGAAAUCAUGAAAGCAAGAAGAAUAAAGAGGAGAAUGAGGUGGAAGAUGGAAAGGAGGAUUCCAAGAAGGAAGAUUCCAAGAAGGAAAAUUCCAAGAAGGAAAGCAAUGAAUCUAUAGUUGAUGGAAUGAAGACCAAAGGACUAGUUGAUAAAUGCCCUGUGCUCAAGAAUAUGGAUUCCACAGAAGGCAAUGAUUUGCCCAAGGAACUGGACAGUGCUACAGAAGAAGCAGCCAAAGCAUUAGCAACAUCACCCAAGAAAGAAGGAUUUGAUCCGAGCCAUAAAGAGGUGAUAGCUUUAGCUGCCCAGGCUGCUGGUUCAUUGAGCAGUGCUGAGUUUGACGUUAGAUUCAAUCCUGAUGUCUAUGCUGAUGGAGUCAUCCAUGCCCCAUCUGAGGCAGAGACAUUAGGAAAACAAAGGAAGCUACUAAAGGAUGCAGCUCGUUUCAUAGUAGCAGUCCAGAUUCCAACUUUUGUCCAGGAAUGUAAGGAGCACAGCAUAGCCCCCCUUGAUGGGUACACACUGGUAGAAAUGCUACAUCAGAGAGGCAUCAACAUUCGCUACAUGGGUGUUUUAGCAGAGAAGGUAGUCACCUGUGAAAACCUCUCCUACCUCUAUCGUAUUAUUAUCACUGAGUUGAUAUGUCGGUCAGUGAAGCAUGUUUUCAAAGCAUUCAUGCAAGGCAUCCCGAUGACGAGCCUAUCUGCUGCCAUCAGUCAUUUCCUCAAUUGUUUCUUGUCAUCCCUACCAAACCCACUUCCACCGAAAGGAGAUGAUGAGUUGAGUAAUGGUCAUCACAAGAAGAAGAAGAAUAAGAAGAGGAUACGAUAUGUUCUUUCACUUGGACAAGAAAACACAUCAUGGAGUAGUCUCACCCCCUCAGACCUGUGGAGCAGUAUCAAGGUUGAAUGCAAGGAAUACUUCCAUUAUAAGGUUAAAUGUGAAAGCAUAGACUCCGUCACAGAGCGUUACAACCUUCAGAAGAUGACCCUUCUCAGGGAGUUCUGCUCCAAGCUUGGUGUCCAGCUACUCUUGAGAGAUUACGAACUGGACUCCAAAAACAAGCCGCCCUUCAAUGAGAAUGACAUCCUAAACAUGUUCCCAAAGGUCAAACACAUCAAUCCUACCGCAUCGGACGCCUAUCACUUCUUCCAGAGUGGACAGACCAAGAUACAGCAAGGCUGCUUCCGUGAAGGCUUUGAGCUGAUCAGCGAAGCUCUGAACCUCUUCAACAAUGUAUAUGGACCUAUGCACCCAGAGAUUGCAGCCUGCAUGCGAACCUUGGCCAGACUACACUACCUGAUGGGUGAGCAGAGUGAAGCCAUUGAGAUGCAACACAAGGCAGUCAUGAUGAGCGAGAGGUGUAACGGUCUUGAUCAUCCAAACACCAUCACAGAAUAUAUGCAUCUGGCCCUCUACAGGUUUGCAGCGGGCCAGGCAGUGAGCGCCCUCAAGCUGAUGUACAGGGCUCGUUAUCUAACGCUUCUUAUCCACGGCGAGGAUCAUCCUGAAAUGGCUCUCUUCGAUAGUAAUAUUGGUCUAGUUCUUCAUGGUGUUAAUCAGUUUGAGCUGGCUCUCAAGUUUCUAGAGAAGGCAUUGGAGACAAACAUCAAGUACUUUGGAGCUAAGAGUCUAAAGGCAGCACACAGAUACCACCUUGUUGCAAGAACGCAUUCGUGCUGUGGUGAUUUCCGCUCAGCAUUACGAAAUGAGAAGGAUGCAUACACUAUCUAUCGCGAACAGUUUGGUGAUAAUCAUGAGAAGACAAAGGAGAGUUCAGAAUGUCUGAGUUACCUCACACAACAAGCCGUUACUCUUCAAAAAACAAUGAAUGAGAUCAAACGAGGUGGUCCUAAGGCAGCACUACGUCCUAUUCCUAUCAGUCAUCCAUCCAUGAGCAGUGUGCUUGAAACCCUCAAUAUGAUCAAUGGAAUAUUCCUUAUUCCAGUCAGCAUCAGAGGUAUUCAGAAAGCAACUGUCACAGAAGCGCAGCCUGAGAACAAAGAAGAAGUCACAGUGACCAACCCCACCGAGAAAGUGGAAGAUCCCGCCAGCCCGCCCCCAGAGUCCCAGCCAGCAGACGCAUCACCUGCUCCUCAGGAAGUGGCAAGAUAACAAUACGAGGGAUCCUAGAGUCUAUGAUACUCCUAGAUAGUCAUAGUUUAUAUCAGAGUAUACAUAUAUGUAGACAAACCUGUAUUUUACAGAUAUGUUGAAUUUAUAUGUGAUGAAUUUUGUUAUCCUCAGAUUCCUCAUUAAGGUUUGAAUGAUGUAGAAUUACAUUUUCUUGCACAUAAAUUAAAAUUUUGUUUUAUGCCUGAUGAGGCCAAGUUUUUGCUAAGUGGUUUAUACAAAAUGAUUGUCAAUUAUGUUUUGACAAAUUUCACUGCACUUGAUUACAUUAUUUUUCAGGGGAGCGUUUCAUCAAUAUUUACAUCCGACAAGUUGUCAGAUCUGACACCUUUCCAUGAUUUUGAUUGGCUGAGAGGCACUGUUCCUAUGGUAACUGUCGGAUAAAAUGGGACUUGUCGGACAAAACGUCCGACAAGUCAUUUCAUGAAAUGCCCCCCAGGUACGUGUUAUAUUUGUGGAAGGUUACUUUUUUGUUGAGAAGGUGUGCAGAACUUAAGAUGCAAGAUAUAAAUUUUACUUUUAGAGGUUUAUACAUGCAUUGUAUGGUGGUCAAUUUGCAAUUACACACCAAUCAGGGUUAGAUUUUUAACAAAAAAUUAAUCAGUGUAAUUCUGAUUUUAAAAAACACUUCCCAUCAGCAUAUUUAUUUGAUUUUUGUUUUCAUCAUUGAUACUUCAACAACAAAUAGAUUCUUAUUGUAUGCCCUAUCUUUGAACAUGCACUUUUAUUUUGAUUAGUUGUUUUAAUCAGAACAACAGUUGAUAAAUCUUAUUGGUUGAUUUUUUAGUUUGGUUAAGCCUUGUACAUCAUUAUUUUGAAGUUAAUUUGUUUUAGCAGUGUCACAUUGUAACAGAAACCAUUUAAUAUUUAAUUAAUUCAGUUGAUCACAAUCAACUUAUCAUUAACAUUUGAAUAUGUUUACUUAAAAAUAAAAGUGAAACAGACUUGUGUAUUGGUUUUGUAUAUGGUCAAUUCAGUUUGGUUAUAUUAUGGUGCUUUAAUAUUUUUGUCAAUUAAUUCUGCUGUAAAUUGUUUAUUUUCAAAUUCUUGUCCCCUGUUGUGUAGGAUGAAAUCAUUUUGGUUUAUUGGAUUAAGAGUGACUUCUUAUGUCAACCUUAUUGUGUACGAUUCAAGUUUUCUAAUACCCAAUUUCACAAGUAAGCAUUAAUGCUAGAAACAAACCAGCCAGUGGAGGCUGCAAUAUAAAGCCAUUCAUAAAGUACAAAUGACAAAAUAAACAAAAACUAUGAAGUUCCUAAACAACAACCCAUCAUGUCUCCUGGCAGUUAAAUAAAAUAUCCAAUGUUGAACAACAUUUCAAUCUUUUAACUUUUUUUAUGUUAAUAACCUGACUUCAUAGGAACUUCAUAUUGUAAUAUGGGAACUUCAAUUUACGAUAUAACAUCAAUGUAUUUUAGGUAGUCAUUUUCAUUCUAGCUGGCAUAGUAGUUGAAUAUUCUAAGCACCACCUCUCCCACUACUGCAUACCUGCCAACCAUUCCGAUUUUGGCGGAAUUAUACCGAUUUUUCGACCUCCAUUCCGAUCAAUGAGUCUAGUAUUCUGAGAAAGCAAGUCAAGAUUUAUAUUUAAAAAGUUCAUUGAUUGAUAAGGAGUUAGUAAGCGUUCUUUCUUGUCUUGCUAAUCCAUGUUGAAUAAUAGUUUAAUUCACAUGUAGUGGUGAUGGAUAACUCAUGAUUCUGUAUUCAUUAUAGCAUUUCAAUUUAAACCAAUAUCAAUGCAUAUGUGGAAUAUCUCUCUGUUUGUUCUCUAUCAAUUUUUAUUUGAAAGUUGGUAAAAUUAGGAGGUAAAAUUUCUCUUACUGAAAUUGAAUGCUUUGUCAAGAAUGUGAUACACUAGCUUUGUAUUCCAAUAAGUUUUGUGUAGACUUCUAUCUCACUUCAUAGCAAAAUCCAUGUUAUUUGUGAAAUAUAUGAUAUACAGUGUACUUUUUUGUUGGUAGUGUCCUCUUAUUUCUGAGUUUUAGUUUAUUGAUGUAGGGGAGAUAUAUAAUGCUCCUUGCCAUUGUAAGAGCAAUAAAUAUUGUGUGAGUACACCCAAGUCUUCCAUAUUAAACCAAAAUCCUUGAGGGCAGCCGUUUCUUGAAAAGGUCAGAGUUCAUGGGUGUCUCGAUGAAUCGUGUUCAUUGUUUUGCACAUGAUCCUCUGUGACCACCAAGAGGUUACACUUUAAACAGUUUCUAGAAACGGACCCACUUUAAAAUACCUAUAGAUAUAUUAUAUAUCCAUGUUUGUGCAUAUCAUACGACACUGGUAUUGGUAUUUUGAAUAUGUUUGGAUGUGUAUGUAAGAGUGUAUAUUUUGGCACAGUGGAAAUCAUUAUGUAAUAAUUACAUUAUUUGAUAAAGAUUGUUGAAACCAAUUUUAAUCAAUAUAUGAUUGUCUUUGAGAGUAUUGUUUUGAUGAGUGAUGUGUGUAAGGUUUUUACAAGAGUAAAUGAAAAUAAUAAUUUGAUUGUAAGUGAUGUAUUUGCCAUAAUCUUAAAUGUUUUGUAUUCUUUCAGAUGUAGACUGAUAUAAAAUGUGUGUAUAGUAAGGUUUUACUUACAUUAAUUUGAAUUUGAUUUCAAAAUUAAACUUUUUGUUGUCGGGGUUCAGCAUCAAGAAUUUUUUAAUAUUUUGGGAUUUAAUCCUUGGUUGAUUAUCCUCUUUUCUCUCACACUAUGUGUAUGGGCAAUAUAUUUAACAAAAUGGGAUCUCUAACAUUAUUUGAACUUAAUGUGCAUUAUAGAAUCAAAUAUGUGACCAAUAUUUAUGCAAAAUUUCAAACUUUGGCAUUAUUCAUGAACUUAAAUGUGCAGAAAAUAGACGUAUCUAAUAUUCAUAUUCUGUGAUGGACAACUAAUUACUAGUACCUAGUAACUGAAGGAACGGGGGGAGGGGUCAAUCUUGGCCCUUUGCGAUGGAGGUUUUAUCAUUGUUUCCGUACUGUCAUGAGGAGUUGCAGCCUGCUAUUACAUAUGCAAAAGUGCACCUCGGUGUGAUUUUUUGUUUAACUUGAAUUUAUCUUUGUGGAACAUCCACUAGGCUAUCAAAAGUAUUGCUUCAGUUGUAAUGUAUUGAAAGAAUAUUUGACUAGAAUAUAUUGAAUAUGUCCACCAAGAUAAUCUUUCUAAUCUCUAUUGUAUUUUGGUGAUGCAUCUAGUCCCGUUAAUUGGUAUUGAUGUAUGUUUGAAGCUGAUUAAAGUUGUCAUCAUUAUCACAUAUCUUUUAUCAUUUUUUCUAUUUCUGUUAUGUGUUAUUUUGUUUGAACUGUUUGCAAGAUGUUCAUCAUUAUUCAAGUUUUUGUUUUUCUUUCCACCUCAUAUAGAGUGAGUGAGUGUCCUUUCAUUUGAUUAUGUAAUAGAAAUGUAAUAGCGAGGUGAUUGUUUCCUGUCUCGCAUAGACAUGAAUGACACAUAAAGGGAGAUAACUAAAUUGGAUAUGUUAAAAUACUGAGACAUCGUAAUGCAGAUUUGGUAUUUUUGUUUAAUUUUUACUUAAAACUGCUGUCACACUCGAUGAACAAUGUUGGAUUUCCUUUCAAAAUUGGGACCAAAUGUUGCUUGCCAUUAAUUAAGUCGGCAACUAGGCAUAGUGUAAUAUUCAAUAUGCCAUUUACAUGAUGUGCAAGAAGUACUCUGUACUACAUUCUUCAAAUGAAUUUCUAUUCUCUUCAAUAUUCAUUAAGCUCACUCAUGACAUAAAAAAAAAAAAAUCUUGAUACGCGAGACAAAUAUUAAGCUUGCACUAACAACUUUCUUCUUCCUCUAGAACAGUCUGAAAAUGUCAGAUAGAUUGUCACUUAUUGUCAGUUUUUCACAAAAAUACUCCCUCCAGUUUUAGCUUGUGUUAGAGGAUCAUACAUCGAUUCAUCUGUAACACCUGGUAUUAAGUGAAGAAAGGAGGGAAAUUAAUAUGUAUUAUGUCACUAAUGAUAUUCGAAUAGCAGUACAUGUGUAUUGUCUUCUUUAAAUUACAGGUGAAGAAUCAACUAAUGACAGUAAAUAUAAAUUUGGAUGAUUUAGCAGAGCAAAGUUGAAUUCAAUUUGAUAGCAUUAAAGAUGUAAAUUUUAGGAAAAUAAAUGUAUCCCGAAAUUGUUAUUGUGAAAUUGAAAUUGAGCAUUCAUAUAUUUAUGAGGAAAUGUUUAUUUAGCUGCUGGGUUAUGAGCAGUGUGGUGAACAACAAACGAGUUAUACAUUAUUAUAGGGAUAGUAAAUUUCACAGAUGUACACUUUGUUAAUGAAUGUGAUUGUACUUUUCAGAAAAUUAAUAAAAAUUUUAUUAUCUGAUAUUUGAGUAAUUAUUGUCAAAUUUUAAGGUAUUUCAAUCCUUUGUACACCUAACAGAUAUUAAAAGAAUAAUUUCUAAUGGCUAAUCUUAUGUUAUAUCUUAAAAACUUUUUACAUAUGCUCUGCAAUUGAAAAUGAACAUUUUGUCAAGUUCUGGCUCUAAUGUGGAGAAAGCAGUUUAUCCAUAAGACUCCCUUUUUUAACAAUCUUUUCAUUUUUCAUCAGAUUUCUGAUUUUUUGAUGAUAUAAAUUCUACCUUGGGCACUAAAAUUUAAGCUGACUCACAACUCCUUUGUCUGCUAACUGCAUGCUAGACAAUUCGUUGACAACUGAAUUCUGCUACUCUUUAUAGGCUUUCUACACUUGGUUUCAGUAGACAAUUUAAAAUGUUUUAAGAAACAUCUUUUCAGUAAUAUUCACUGACAAAUUAAGGAUCUCAAGAGCUUCCUACAAGCAAUCUGUGAAAAUUGCUCACUAUUUAUUCCAUGAAGCAUUCCCUUGGUAAAACAGUCUGAGUAUAAAAACCUUUUGGGGAACUUCCUACGUUAAUAACAACCAGAGGAUCAAACUUCCUCAAUAUGUUAAGCCUGAAUAGGCCCCUUUACAUUUGUCAACUCUUCGGUGUAACAGUAAAGGGGUGUUGCAAGGAAAUAUUUGCAAUCAAUAGCAAAUUUACAAGUGAUUUGAUCAAUUUUAACUAAGCAAAUCAAUUUACCCUUUCUGAUACAAGAAUCAGAUCAUCAAUCAAUCACAAAUUUUUACUAUGAAAUGCAUAAUUUUUCAAUUGAUUUUAGGACCUAAAACUGUCAUGCAAUCAAUUGCAUGUUUCCUGCAACACCCCGUAAGAGAUUGUAAUCGAAUGUAAAUUUUUGCACACUUCCUUAUUUCAUUCUUAAAAUGAAAAGUAAGUCCAAUCCCUCGGUAUAAAAAAGUUUAAAUGAGGGUAUGAAUCUGUGAAAGUGUAAUUGGCCUUUAAUGUGGAGUAAAAAAAAAUUGGAAAUUAUCUUGUAUACAUCCAUGCAUUUAUAACAGUAUUGAAUCAGCAUACCAUAAAUCAAUUGGUUAACCAUUAUACAUGUCUUCUGUUAAAAUUGCUUAUUCUCUAUAAUUUGAAUAUGUAGGAUGAUUAUGGUUGUCUAAUACUACUGAGCAGAAUGGAUGUUUUAUGUGAAUAGAAUUAUGAUUUUGAUGUUUAUUAAAAGGUUUGCAAUAAAUUUUGAUUGUGAAGGCCUGA